AUGAGACGACCAAGCACCCAGAUGUCUUUUGCUACCGAGUCUGAAGUAGCUACCCCAGAACGCAAUGAUGUGGUGAUGCCAACCCCCGCUGAGAACCCAGCAGCUGCAGCACCAGCAGAGCCAGCAACACCUGCCACUGCAGCGGUGACACCCUCCAGCGGAGCAUCAGCAGCAGAAAUGCCAGUUGCAUCAGCCGAUGUAGUUAUGGCAACCCCAGCCCCAAAGGCAGCAGCAAAGCAAGCAACAGCAUCUAGUGAUGGUGAUGAUGUAGUGAUGGCACCCCCGACUGAGAUUGCAGCAGCAGCAACAGCAGUGGCACCUAAUGAUGUAGUGAUGGCACCCUCAACUGAGAACGCAGAAGGGCAGCAAGCCACACCCACAGAGCCGACAGAACCGACUGCGAAGCCUGGUGUUACCAUUGUCUUUGGCCCCCCCUGCUCAACCUUUAGCCAUGCCCAAGCAGCCGCCCCAUCACCCACCAACCCGACACCUGCCAAUCCACCCAACAGCAAUCCACCCAACCCUCCGGCACCUGCCAAUCCACCCAACGGCAAUCCACCCAACCCGACACCUGCCAAUCCACCCAACGGCAAUCCACCCAACCCGACACCUGCCAAACCACCCAACGGCAAUCCACCCAAUGGCAAUCCACCCAACCCCACACCUGCCAAUCCACCCAACCCUCCAACAGCUGGCAAUCCACCCAAUCCACCCAAUGCAUUGGCAGCUGGCAAUCCACCCAACCAACCCUCAGGUAGCAAUCCACCACCAGCAGAGCCAGCCGAUGACCCUGAAGUGUCCAAAAACGCAGCCAAGAACCAAUAUAUGCGAUAUUACCGCUCUUUGCGCAGUCUGAACUGUCCCCCAGCUGUUCGGCAGAAGUUUGACGAAGCCAACGAAUGCCCACCUGCAGAAUGUCAGCAGAAACUACAAGAGCUCUUCGAAGAGUUUAAGCGUUGCAACGGUCCCACAGCACAGCAACCUGCGGCAUUUGGAAAUGGCUCACCCGUAGAGCUCAAGGCCCGAUAUUCAGAAGACAUGGUGGACAAGCUUUGCCGAGAGAAGGAGAUGAAGUUGUUCUAUUGCUGGUACGAGGACAGCACCAGCACAGUUGAUCAGUACGAGCAGCGACAGAACCUGGUGCAUGAGACCGGGUAUGGUGGAGAAGAUGAUCAGGAUGGGGAUGGUGGAGCAGCCCCUUCAAUCCCCAACAAAGGGAAGGGUGUUGGAAAAAAUGGUGGCAAGGGAAACAAAGGAGGCAAGGGAGGCAAAGGUGGCAAGGGUGGUGCGUCCAUCCCUGUUCCAAAAGUGCCCAAAGAGAAGAAACCCAAGACUCCGAACCAGUUGGCGCGGGCAGCUAUUGCGACUGCAAACAACAAUAUCUUGGAGAUCUCCCAGCUGAACCUGAAGUUGGCCAAAGCUGGGGUGACCGCUUUGGUCCAGCAGUUGGCUGUCAGCGAGACCGAACUUCGGGCGGGGAAGACAUCCCUGGAGACUGCUUUGGCGAUGGACCAGGAUCUGGUUCAGCCAACCAAUGUGUUGGAAGAUAUCAACAAGGCCUUCAAGGCGACCAGUUGUGCCGAGCUUCAGCGCUCAGCUGCGGCUGCAGUGGCAGAAGCGCAGGUGCCAGUUCUGCUUCCCCACGAGGUCUACCACUAUUUGUAUGCAUCCAAAAAGGUCAAACUCGAUGUGAACAAAAUCAAAGAGUAUUGGGAAAAGGCUGCGUCAGCAGAUCAUCCCGGUGCUUGGGGCGCCAACGUGGUCGGGUUAUAUGGUGAUGAUUGCAAAUACAACAAUGUUGGCGAAAAGGUGAUUGUCAUUGCCAUGAACUUGGUUCUGUUUGAACCCAAAAGCUCCCUGUUUUCAAGUUUGAUACAUUUUCGAUGGGCUGGACUUUACAUCCUUUUUGGUUUGUUUUUUCCCAAAUUUGAAGGCGUAUGA